AUGGAUGAUUUGAAUCCUGUAUUAUCACCUGUCAAACCUAAUCUGAAAUUAGAGAAACAUGGAGAGGAGGAAAAAGUCGAUGCCACUUUGUUCAAACUAAUUGUAGGAUCCCUGAGGUAUCUGUGCAAUAGCAUACCUGAUAUACGUUUCUCAAUCGGAUUAGUAAGUAGAUACAUGGAUGUACCAAAGGUGUUACACAUGAAGGUUGCAAGAAGAAUCCCGAGAUACCUAGAAGGAUCAAUAAAUUGUGGAAUUUUGUUUCCACGAGAUUAUGAAAGCAAAGAAGUUGUGAUUAAUUGGUAUUCAUAUACUGAUUGGUGUGAAGAUAAGGAAGAUCGAAGAAGCACAAAUGAUUAUUAUUUUCAAGUAUUUGGUGCCCUAACCUCAUGGUGCUCGAGAAAGAAACUUGUGGUCGCAUUAUCAUUGUGUGAGGCUGAAUAUAUAACAGGAUUCUAUGCUUCUUGUAAAGAAAUCUGGAUCAGAUCUGUGCUGGAUGAGAUGAGGGUCAAAGUGAAGAAUUCUUUGGCGCCGCUGAUCGAUAACAAGUCAGUCAUCAAUCUUGCAUAG